GCUACUGUUUUUGGCUAUCUCACCGAGAGUAGUUAAGAGGGCAGGUAGGAAAAACGACCUGAUCAUGCUUACAGAAAAGGAUCAGCUCGUUUCGGCAGACAAAGAAAAGAUUAAAACAGUGGGAAGAAUGACCAAUGUGGCUUUCCGAUUGGGAAAGGUGCACGCACUGGGAGAUGUCGUGGUGCUAGAUGUAAAUACCUACGACGUUCUUUCCGGACUUCCCGCUCUUGUGGCAUUACGAGCGAACCUGGAUUUCGAUCGACGGUCAAUCAUCCUCCGAAAUACGGGAGGAAAGCCCUAUGUUGUACCUAUGAGACUGACCCUUCGCACUACCAUCUACGCAGUCCCGCGAGUUUCGCCGAUGUUAGCAGGGACUCUCUGUAUGAUCACCUGGGAAGACUCCACAGAUGAUGAGCCAUCAUCGAAGGAUGCGGAUAGCAGUGACGAAAAUGAUCCAGAAAUCUUGAGGCUAGCGCGACAGCGUAUUUAUUACCCGCCGCCCAGAACGAUCGCAAGAACGAUGCAUCUAACUAGUAGGAACAUCCACAGGACCAAGGCGAUGAUUUUGGGAGAACCCCUCGUACAGAUUUCGAGGAUGGUCGAUUCCUUGGAACCCCCUCAAACUCUGUACGAAGGAAUCCCCCCCCUCCUCGCCCGAUACAACGACAAAAAGCACUACUGCGAUAUCACAGAUCUCCCGAAGUCCCUAUUGACACCCGCAAAGGAAGUACAACUGUUACGUCUAGGGGCGGAGGUCAAUUCUUUGGAACCCCCUGGGCGUCUCGAGGCUGAAUCAGACGAACUCGGAAUAAAGAUCGCAACUAAAACCGUGCCAUGGCAGGAUAUCUGCGAUGGGAUCACCCCGGAAGGACACGUGGCCAUUCGGGAGGAAGACGCCCAGAUGAUGGCCAAGGUGUUUUCCUGGCGAUCGGACCAUUCGUUUAUCUCUGCGCCACCGCCUGAUGUGGCAAAACAAGCAUGCACGAAACAGAUCGACGUACGGAUCUGGGAUCAGCUAUUUGAGUUACACGUUCCACAGUACGUACCUAAUGAGAUUCACCGUGUGAUUACAGACAUUCUGAUAGAAUACCAGGGAGCGAUUAGCGUAACCGACACUGACAUUGGUUUGUCGUUGGUUAUUCAACACGAAAUUCAGACGGGAAAUCAUUCCCCAAUCCACUGCAAGCCCUACCGAUACUCCCUGAUAGAACGGAAAAAGGCUCUCGAACGAAUUCGUGAAUUCGAAGCCAGCGGAUGGAUUGAACCCGCCACCGAACCAUCGUCAUUUCCAGUAGUGUUAGUACCGAAGAAGAACGGAUCAAUUCACAUAUGCAUCGAUUAUCGCAAGCUGAAUGAAAUCACGAUUAAAAAUGUGUAUCCCCUCCCCCGGAUUGAUGAUUUGAUGGAUGCGAUUGGAUGCGCUAAUUAUUUUAGCAAGUUUGAUAUUCGGCAUGGCUUCCAUCACAUUCUGGUUAAGGAAGAAGAUCGGCAAAAGACGGCCUUCGUGUUGUUCGAAGGCAUGUGGCAGUGGGUUCGGUGUCCGAUGGGGAUUUGCAACACGCCUGCCACGUUUCAACGAGCGAUGAACAUGACAUUCCAGAACUUCUUCAACAAGACGCGGCUAACUCAGGGAAUGAUCAACUUCUGCGUGAUCGUAUACAUGGAUGAUAUCCUUGUCUACUCGGAGACCUAUCACGGACAUGCACAACACAUUGAGUGGAUGUUGGGAGCGCUGAGGGACGCUGGGUUCAAGAUCGCACUCGAAAAGAGCAAUUUUUUCCUCUAAGAAAUUUCGUUCUUAGGCUACGUCGUGACACGUGGAGGAUUGCGGCCUGACUC